GGAACGCCAACGGCCCGUGAUUGGACAGCCGAGUGCAUAAAGACUGCUUGUGUAAGCGCUUACUUCUUUCUCGCUGGUGUUAACAUUCAAGAAAGGAAUAGCGAUGAUACUGGGCUACUGGGAUAUACGAGGGCUGGCUCAGCCCAUUCGGCUUCUCCUGGAGUAUACAGAAACGAAGUAUGAGGACAAGUUGUAUUCUUGCGGAGAAGCCCCCAACUACGACAAAAGCUGCUGGUUAAAUGCAAAGGACAAACUUGGGCUGGAUUUCCCCAAUCUUCCGUAUCUGAUUGAUGGAGAUGUGAAGAUUACUCAGAGCAAUGCUAUUUUGCGAUACAUCGCUCGCAAACAUAACAUGUGUGGUGAAUCUGAAGAGGAAAGCAUCAGAGUAGAUCAGUUAGAGAACCAGCUAAUGGAUUUCCGCAAUGGUUUUGUGAUGCUGUGCUAUUAUCCAGAUUAUGAAAAAAAGAGGCCUGGAUAUUUAGAAAACUUACCAAUUGCAUUGAAGCUAUUUUCUAGCUACCUUGGAGAGAGGAAAUGGUUGGCUGGAGAAAAGAUCACAUUUGUUGACUUCAUCAUGUAUGAGCUUUUAGAUCAGCAUGUUAUGUUUGAACCAACUUGCCUAAAGGAUUUCAAAAACCUAAAGGAAUUUCUUAAUCGAUUUGAGGCACUGGAUAAGAUUGCUGCCUACAUGAAAUCCAAACAUUUUAUUAAGCAUCCAGUGAACAAUAAGAUGGCAUUCUGGGGUAAUCAGAAAUCUUAGUUCUCUGCUGUUUUCCAAAGGUGAACCCCAGUUAUUUGUGUUCUUGUCUAGUGAUGGCAGUUUGCAUUAUGCUCUUUUUUACUUUCAUGAUUGGAAUGGGGCCUUUUUUCUUAUAAAGAGCACUUAAAUCUAUACUUUGACAGUUUUUAUGGCAAAAUUGUCAUUUCUGUCUUUGUCAAUAUGAAUUGCAUUCAUUUAAUAAAAUGAAACAUUCUGGGUU